UUUUGUUUGAGCUGUCCCAGUUGCUAGCACUGCCCUUGAAUCCGAAGGUACAGCUCAGUGAGGUGCAGGAGCAGCACGGGUGGGUUGAUGUCAUCCUCUCAUCUCCGCCUGCGCUCUGGCGGCUCAGACGCACCCGUGGGGGUGAGUAACAGCCACAGGAGGUCACACUAGAGCGCGUCUGGCAGCAGUCGAGUAAGCAGGUCGCACUGCGAGGAAGACCGACAGGAAUGCGGAACCACAACAGCUACUAACCGGUACGCAAAGAGGAGCGACCCUUUCAAGAACAAGUGUGCGAUUCUGCGAGCAUGGCUGAAGCCGAAGGAGGAGCCACACUGCCAGCUAGUGUCCUCUAGUGUACGCAUAGAACAGCAGGGAGGUGAGCCACCUCCAAGGGGAUCAGAGGGCACUUCCAUCACACUUAGCUGCCCCACUUAUUUAAUCAGUCCCCCACCUUCCUCGAACGGAGUACUAACCGCAGAGUCUUGCUAUCUGGGUUCUCUGCCACUUGUCUCAUAGCAUGGCGCAGGAUAAAGAAAGGAAUAAGCGAGCUUUGCAGGCACUCUUGUUUCGACCCGGCAAUGACGUUUGCGUGGAUUGUGGUUCGCCCGAUGCUGAUUGGGCAUCUUAUACCCUAGGAGUAUUUAUCUGUUUUAAUUGUUCUGGGCUUCACAGAAAUAUCCCCCAUAUCAGCAAAGUAAAGUCAGUACGACUAGACUGCUGGGAUGACCUACAAGUAGAGUUUAUGGCCUGCACUGGGAACAAGAAUGGAAAAGCAAAAUAUGAAUCUAAGGUGCCACCAUUUUAUUAUAGACCGACGUAUAGUGACUGUGCAGUGCUGCGAGAACAGUGGGUCCGAGCAAAAUAUGAAGCUAAGGAAUUUGUUUACAUUGAAAAACAGGAACCAUAUUCCUCAGGGUACAGAGAAGGGUAUAUGUGGAAGCGAGGAAGGGACAAUGGCCAGUUCUUAAGCAGAAAGUUCAUCCUCUCUGAAAGAGAAGGAGUUCUAAAGUAUUUUACUAAACAAGAUGCAAGAGAACCAAAAGCAAUUAUGAAGAUUGAACAUCUAAAUGCAACAUUUCAACCUGAAAAAAUAGGAAAUCCCAAUGGACUUCAGAUUACUUACUUGAAGGACAACAGUACCAGGAACAUAUUUGUUUAUCAUGAAGAUGGGAAAGAAAUCGUUGACUGGUUCAAUGCAAUUAGGGCAGCACGUUUCCAUUAUUUGCAAGUGGCAUUUCCAGGAGCAAGCAAUGCUGAUUUGGUACCAAAGCUAACAAGAAAUUAUCUGAAGGAAGGCUACAUGGAGAAAACAGGACCAAAGCAAACAGAAGGCUUUAAGAAGAGGUGGUUUACCCUGGAUGACAGACGACUGAUGUAUUUAAAAGACCCCUUGGAUGCAUUUGCAAGAGGAGAAGUUUUUAUUGGAAGUGCAGAAAAUAAUUACAUGGUGCUAGAAGGACUCCCAUCAGGAACGCAAGGAAACCACUGGCAAUAUGGAAUCACAAUAGUUACCCCAGACAGAAAGUUUCUGUUUGCCUGUGAGACAGAGGCUGACCAGAAAGGAUGGAUUGCAACAUUUGAAAAAAUUAUAAGCAGACCAAUGCUGCCUCAAGAGUAUGCAGUUGAAGCUCACUUUAAGCACAAGCCCUAAAAUAGGACAAAAACAGGAAUGUGACCAGGAAACACUGUCAGAGGAAAUGAGCAUGUUUCGUUGAGAAAAAAAUUGCUUAAAUGGAUUGCAGGAUUAUGAGGGAAAAAGGAACAAUACUGAAAGGAACACUCCAUGCAAGCUGCUGAUUUUAUAGACAAUUAUGUUCAACUAGGUAAAAGCCAAGGAGUCAGCCAUUCUAUGAGACCAAGUACACCUCGAGGGGCUUAUGCAGAAAACAUAUAUCAGAACAUCAACAGCAGUGCAGAAGAUUCAUUCUGAUCCCUCAUCUUUUUGUUCUUCCAGCACAGCAGUACUGUUUGUCAUGAAGCCACAGUGUUCCAUGACAAGGCAACCCGCAUCAUUGCUGCAUAGUUCCUCUCAAGACUGAGAUGUACAGUGGGCUUGGUAACAUGAAGCAGGCGUGAAUGCAUGAUCUUUAUCAACCAAUCAUUACUAAAAUGUGAGAUGUGAGCACAGCUAACAUAACUGUCUGCAGAUGAAGUACUGCAGCUAAAUGACCAUUUUUUGUCUACUUUCACAAUGAAUAAAUGUAUUUAAAGUAUAUGCCACAGGUUGCUAGGCAAAAUAAUGCAACAUAGAUGUGCUGAGUGUGUCAAUUUGUGGACCAGAACUACAUGUAUUAUGGUAAAAAUGGUAUAGGCCAAACUCAUGUUGUUUCAGAUGCUGGAAAUGGAAACUGAUUGGUCACUGUGGUCUGGCUCAGAGGAUAUCUGCUGUCAUCUGAUUGGUAGACUAAUGCAUGCUGUCUCUGGCUUUUAUAAUGUGAAGAAAGAAAACCAUGUGACUUAUUUUAGUACAUUCCAGCCAUUGUAACUGAACAGUUUUAUAUGUUCAAGCUAAGUUUAGAAAAAAAAUGUAGCAAAGGGAAGAAAUGCCAUCCAAAGUUCAUUAGGAUGAAACUAGUAAGACUGCUUUAGAAACCAUCUGCUGCUGUCAUAAAUGGCUUAGGAGGGCUUGUGUGAAUAUUAGCCACUUUCUGAGAAUGAUCCUCUGAUGUGAUAUUCAACUGCAUGCUUGAAAUGCAGGGUAUAGUCUGAUGCAACAGUGUCUUGUAUGUUGUUUUAAUCUCUGAUGGAAUUUUCUGCUUUUGUUUUUAAUUAAACAAUUGCCAUCAUCAUUAGCAGGAAGGCAAAUUUCCACCCCCUCUACCCUCCACAAACAAAAGCAUCAACCAGCCUGUUAAAUCCAUUGUCAAGAGGGAAUACAGCACUUAGGUAUUUUGGUUCUUUAGUGUUCUUAUAUAUUUACAGCCAUGGUUCUUAAAUAUGUGCAUAGUGUAGUGACAACUGAGACACUUUUCAAAAGUUAGCAAACCAAUUAGACUUUUGUUUCUUUCUCUAUCCCCCUCUCUCC